UUUGGAAAGGCCACUGGGGGAAAUAAUUGACCACUGUGAGUAGGACAGAGAUGCAAUAGGGAAAUCUGGUGGGGGGUAUCACCAAAAACAUUCUAUGCAGAAAAUCUCACUUUGAGUUUGAUGACUGUAUUUUUUCCUAGUUCUUCUCUCAUCUAGAAAUGUUAGAGUCUCUCCAGAAAUCAAGGUGAAUGGCUUGGAGCAAUCAAUCAGUGGUGACUGAAUUCAUACUACAGGGUCUGUCCAGCUCUUGGGAACUCCAGAUCUUCUAUUUCCUGUUUUUCUCCAUGGUCUAUGUAGCCACUGUGCUGGGGAACCUCCUUAUUGUGUUCACCAUAGUGUCAGAGCCACGUCUGCGCUCCCCCAUGUACUUUCUGCUGGGCAACCUGUCCUUCAUUGACAUGUCUCUGGCCUCCUUUGCCACCCUCAAAAUGAUUGCAGACUUCCUCAGUGAGUACAAAGCCAUUUCUUUUGAAGGCUGCAUCACGCAGAUAUUCUUCCUGCAUCUCUUAGGGGGUGUUGAGAUCGUCUUGCUAAUCUCCAUGUCCUUCGAUAGGUAUGUUGCUAUAUGUAAGCCUCUGCGUUACUUAACUAUCAUGAGUCGGAGGAUGUGUGUUGGCCUUGUGGCACUCUCCUGGAUUGUCGGCAUCUUCCAUGCCAUGAGUCAGUUAGCAUUUACUGUGAAUCUACCCUUCUGUGGACCCAAUGUAGUGGACAGCUUCUUUUGUGACCUCCCUUUGGUGAUUAAACUUGCCUGUAUUGACACCUACAUUCUGGGGGUCUUCAUGAUCUCCACCAGUGGCAUGAUUGCCCUGGUGUGCUUCAUCCUUUUGGUGAUCUCCUACACCAUCAUCCUGGUCACUGUGAGACAGCGCUCCUCUGGAGGGUCUUCUAAAGCCCUCUCCACCUGCAGUGCACACUUCACUGUUGUGACCCUUUUCUUUGGUCCGUGCAUUUUCAUCUAUGUGUGGCCUUUCACAAAUUUCCCAAUAGACAAAGUGCUCUCAGUAUUUUAUACCAUUUUCACUCCCCUCUUGAAUCCAGUCAUCUAUACCCUUAGAAAUAAAGACGUCAAGGAUUCCAUGAGGAAGCUGAGUAGUCGUAUCUUUAAGUCAAGUAAGACUGAUCAUACCCCUUGAUUUCCCUCACACAAAGAUGAAAUACUUGUUCAGCAUUUCUCCAGCUCAUUCAGUGGGUCAGCAUAAUUUCCUAUUUUAAUAAAUUAAUACUAGUCAUGGCAGAACUAUUUCAGUAAUCAACCUCAGAAGUCACUAACUUUUGUUCAUAUUUCAUCAAUCCUCACUAGACACCACAGGACAUUAUCAAACCCAUUCUCAAUAUUUUAGUCCACAUUUUAGA